UCUACAUAAUUCCACACGUCCACAGUGUAAAACGCCUAAGCAAUGCGGUGUAUAGAAUGCGAAUGAUAUAUGUAGAUUUAGGCGGGAACGGUGGAUGGAAAAUGAUAGAAACGGUCUGAAGGAGUCCCAAUACUAUAAGAGGAUAUACGGUGGAUUUCUUUUCGUGCAAUAUCAUCAAGGACCAAGAUGGCGAAAGGGAUAUUCGUCCUAAUGUGCUGCUGUCUUGGUGCAGUUCAAGUAAUGGCACAAACUCAGCGGUAUUUUUAUCCUUUCGGAGAAGGAAAUCGUGAUGAUUAUUUGAGACAGAGCAAUGAUGUUGCCUCGCCAGCCAUUGAACUCAGGUGGGGCAUACCAUUCUACAACGAGAAGUACUGGAAAAUGUUUGUAAACGACAAUGGAGUGCUUUCUUUUGACAAUCAAUACACGAAAUACGAUGAGGCGCAGCCCGUAUUCCCCAUAGGACCAGAUAUGGAGGAAACGACGGACAGAGAGAGGAUACUAAUAGCUCCGUUUUGGGGAAAUGUUGAUAUGACAACGCGUGGGUAUGUUUACUUCCGACAAAGCACUGAACAAGAACUCCUGGACAGAGCUGCGGGGGAAAUACACACGGCAUUCGUGGAAUGGGAUGAUUUUCAGCCUAAAGUCCUCGUCAUAGCGACCUGGGUGGAGGUCGGAUUCUACGGCAUUGCUGACGGAUUUAAUUUGAGGAACUCGUUUCAAUGUAUCAUCGCAAGUGAUGAAUUCGAGACGUUUGCUAUCUUUAUCUACGAUCAAAUAGACUGGACCUCAGGUACUGAGAGUAAUGGAGGUCCAACAACAGGUAUCGGUGGUACACCAGCACAGGUCGGUUUCAACGCUGGUGACGGUUCGAAGUCGUUCUCUCACCAAUACUCCCGUGACAACACCUUCUUGAAAAACCUCGUCACCGAAUCCAACAUCGAGAUCCCCGGAUUGUGGGUCUAUUACAUAAGCUCAGUGAGCGUCGACAUCGGCGGUUGCACAACGGCUGGUGAGGUGAAGACAUUCCCACGCUUCGACUCUAUGCUUGGCCACCAGUUCCUUUACAUCCAAGGACCAUGCUUCACCCUCGAAGACGACAUCUGGCUCCAGUUUGGUCCUCAGGAAGACCCCAUCGCUCUCACUAAUUGUACCUGGAUGAGUUCACAGCGAGCUUGGUGCGUCGUACCUACGUUCUUUCAAGUGGGCCGCAUCGAGACGCGCGUGUCGAACAACGAUGCUAUUACGUUCCCGUACACCGGGGUGUUUGAUAUAGUUGACAUUGGAGAUGUCCCGGCUGGUAUAAAGAGAAUAAAUCCUCAUAGCGAAUCCUGGAUGCUGGCUGACCGUAAGGUAGCAAUUGAAUGGGACCCAAGCUUAAUCAACUACACGCAGAUCAAUAUUGAUUUACUAACGUAUAGUGAAACGGAUGGCGUACCGAGCUGGGAAGAAACUGAGGACAUUGAACAUGACGCCCCAAAUACUGGACGUUAUGAGUGGAUCCCCGAACCUGUCGGGAGUAUCACGCCAGAAAAUGCUGUUGGUGUGAUCAGAAUUACCCGGCGAUACAAAAGAUCCCUGUUCGCUAUAUGGAGUGAUGUUCACUGGCUUGGUUAUAUGAUGAAUGAUAAAUAUCAGCGGAAUCCUGGAGCCUACUCUAAUUUACAAUGCGAGAUAUGGAAUGAAAAGAUGGACAACGAACCGGUUUGGAAUUAUGAUCAGGAUUUGAAUCCAUGUCCGUGCGACCUGAGCCAGGCGCUGGCGGACCGCGCCCGUUUCCGUCCGCUGGAUUUCUGCGAUAUGUCGACAGCGGGUUUCGAUGACGAUGAAGAUUAUUGUUUCCUACGGGAGGGCAUCAAGCAUUGCGUCAUCAACAUCAUUAACAGCCCCCAGAAUGCUGAUUCUGUCUGUUGCUAUGACUACGAGGAAAAUUUGGUUUAUGCGGGCGACAGUUUUUCGGGCAGUUUCUCCCACCGCGUGACUGUGAACGGAGUGCCGCCCUACAAUGCCCCCAAGGCUGUCCCGGUGCUUUCUACUUGGAUAAACGAUAUCAUUCCAUACUAUACAUGUUGUGUCUGGGGUGAUCUUUGUGAGUAUUAUCAGUAUCACCGCCCCACCAGGGACUGCAGAUGGUACGAUGCCCCUAGAAUGGCUGUUGUAUUUGGAGAUCCGCACUUUGUGACAUUUGAUGGCGUUGAGUACAGUUUCAAUGGAAAAGGCGAGUGGACGCUCAUGCGAUCCACGACCGGAGCUCAGAACCGGUUUACACUGCAAGGAAGAACCGAACAGAUGCUGGAUUGGCAAGGAAAUAUUGUUCAGGCUACACGUGUCACCUCCGUAGCGAUGAAAGAGGAAGACAGAGAGAACAUUGAGAUUCAACAUAGUUCAAAGACUAUUCUUCAGGUUGUGUACCAAGGACAGUACCUCAAGAUUGACACGCAGACCAGGCUUGCUUUAGAUGGUUUCUACCUCUCGUUCCCGAAGAUUUACGAAGGAGGUAACGUGACCCAGGUCAUCGUCACGUUCCAAGAUUCUGAGAUCGGUAUCGUCAUCAACGGCACCGCCGAAGGGAUGUUCAUCCAGGUCGUCAUCCCCGACGAAUUCAAGGGUUACGUCGAGGGGCUGAUGGGUAACUGGGAUGAGGUACCAGACAAUGACUUGACCUCCAAUGGUGGGACAUCGGUUGACCCGAACGCAACGGCGGAAGUCAUCUACAACCAAUUUGCAAAGUCAUGGGAGAUCAACCCGGCAGAAAGUCUCUUCCUGUAUGAUCAAGGAAAGAACCACGAUUUCUUCCAGGACAACGACUUCGUACCCGCCUUCAAUCCUCCUGACGGAAACCUUCCCACGUACCUCGACACCCAGGUCAUUGUCGACACGUGCGACGGAAAUACGUACUGCAUCUAUGACAUCCAGUCCACCGGUUUCCUUCAACUUGGCAAGGCUACGAAGAAGGCAUACGAUGACUACAAACAAGCGCAGAGGGCGCUGCGUGAUGUGGUGACUUGCCAGUACAUCAGGACACCGAAGAACGGUACCAAGACAUUCCUGAGAGAGAGAAACCACAAGGUCGGGUCCGAGCUCGAGUUCCGGUGCGACGAUGACUUCAUACCUAUCGGUCCCGAGUACCGUGUGUGUCAACCGAGCGGUGAUUGGAGUGGAGGCGCACAGGAGGAUGACAUCGUCAAUGAAUGUCUAGAGAGUCUAUUAUGUGGAGGAUUGGAGACACCCAUACAUGGUUCCAUCUCGGCCGUAGAUGCCGCUCCCGAGCGCAUCGAGGUCUCGUACAGUUGUGACAUCGGUUACGAACGCUACGGAAACCAGUACCGCCAUUGCCGCCAAGAGUUUGAACACUGGAGCGGCUACAAACCCGGCUGCUACCAACAACUCAACCCGCUGGAGUUGGCUAUGGCAAUCGUAGGUGGGGUGGUAGGCGCCGUGCUCAUCGUCGCGGCCGCUAUCUUCAUCUUCGUGUGGGCAGCCAGGAAGGAUAGGAAAGAUGACAGACUCAAGAGAGAAAAAGAAAUGUUUUCGGAUAUCGAAAUGAAAACCACGCCUCAGACCCAGUCAGGCUAUCACCGCGGGCCACCACCCGUAGAGAAAUCAGGUUUGCAGUAUGGUGCAGGGACCAGCCGUGAUCCUUCCCCUUACCGGGCCACUCCAGACCCCAGUCAGUACCGCCCAGUAGCCCAACACCAGGCCCCAUAUCCUCCUGCUGGUGGCCACCCAGCUCACCCACCGGCCAACUACCCACCGCCCGCCCCGAUAAAUCUACAAGCAGAUAUAGAGCAGGAGAACAAGGGUUACGCAUCCGAGACUUGGGCUUAACCGUGAUGAAAAACCCAUAUGAAAGGGCGCCCUUCCCUAGAUUGGUGGCCAAAUGUUGUUGUUUUAACACCAUCGGGAACACCAUGCACCACUCAUUUCAUUCACCGAAUUGUGGAAAUUCGAUAUUGCUCUUCAAACCGAUAUUUUUUAAAUAAAUGUUUCAUAAAACGAAUUUUUGUUUUAUAUGUAGAUUUUGCACUCUUAUUUUAUGUUGCGUUUACACCAUAGAUUUAGAUACAAAAUAUUCCGAUUGAAAAAAUAUUUGUUUCAGUCGCUUUCCAACAUUCAUUAGAAGGAAAGCCAAGAGAUGAGGCCUUAUAAAACCGAACCUUGAACUUUCAAUGAACGAUGAUUUAUUUGAAAAUCGAUGCAACAUAUAUAGUAUCCAUCCACUAAAUCAUGUCUUUCGAAGUGAUUUUUCAAGAGCAAAAUGAUGCCUGCCUAGAUUAUAAAAGAAGAAAUCUUCCUAGAGUUAAUAUUUAUAAUUGCAAUAAAUUCUAUUACUUCGGGUGGUUGUCAUAGAUGCUACAAUCAAUCGAUUAAUUGCUUACAAAUCAAAGAGUUUAGUGUGGGAAUAUCACAUUUACUUUUAAAGUGAAAGUUACGGCGGCUUAUGUAAGAAACUAGGUUUUCAAAAGUUGAAAUAGAAAAUGGUGAUUUCUCGCUCGAACAGUAAAAACUGAACGAGUUAUUGUUUUGUACAUUUGCAGCUUUCAUUCCAUGCUUUAGAUAGUAGUUGAAGAGUUUUCGUGUUGCAUCAUUGUUGUUAUAAAUAUUGCCAUCUUUAUUGCGUGUUAUUUAAUCAAAGAAAUACUUGACAAGGGAUAUUGCGUUUCCUUGCCCUAAGUUAAAUGAUUUUAACGAUGUACUUUUUUAUGAGCAAUGCAUAUCGCUCGCAUUAGAAACUUCCUACGGCUGUGAAAGCUAACAUCGAGAAUCAUCCAAGUAAAAGCGAUGAAAAUCGAUCAGGUGUGAUUUGAAUGAAGGUAUAUGUUUUUUUUUUUAAUCGGGAAAAGGAAAAUGGAUAUAACAGAACAAAAAAGAUAAUCAUUCUGUGCUGUGAUGAAUUUUAUAUCAUAAUCAGCUUACAUGUAUUAUGAUAAAGUAGAUUUGUUUCUUCAUCUUCCUUGCGCUUGUUUGUAUUUUUCUCAUUUGACCUUGCAAAUGCAUAAAUGUGCUUUAGUUGCUUAGAUGUAUAUAUUUUAUUAAUAAGCGAUGAUAUAGUAACUGACCUUUUUAUGAAAUUUAUCACGUUUAUCAGAUAUUAAAAUUCUUGUUGCUAUUUGAUUGUUCUUUGGUCAAUUAUUGAACCGAUACCGUAACUGUACAUGUAUUACAGAAAGAACAAAUAACCUGCUUUUAAGAAGACAAUAUAUCAAUAAAUGUGUGAUGAUUGGAGAAUUAAGGGUUUUUUUUAUUUUGUAUUGAAAUUGAUUCAUUUCAAUCUAAGAUUUGUAGAAAGUAAAUGUAAUUCAACAUAUAAUUUUGUAGUGUUUGUUAAGUAAAUAUAUUCUUAUGGGGAAUAAAAUUAUAACUUAUAAGA